CUCAACCUGAAUACCUGUCACUGCGAGUGCAAUUACCUGCAGCGGUUAGUCCAUGCAACGGAGGCAUGAUGUUGCUCAUAUGUACGAUGAGCUUCGUCUUGCGUCUCCUGUGCAUCGUAUCCAUUGCUUGCGGCAAAAACCAGCGGGACUCGAGCCAGGAAGAUCCGGAGUCGGUGACGUACUAUGUGUCGGUCAUCUCCGCAGACCUGCCUGGCCCGAGGCCGAUGGACAGCCGGGUCGACUACUUCAACAGCAGCGUGCAGCGCAGGCACAACAACGUUGGCAACCUGAGUGGGAGCAACGACGGCGUCGUCCUCGCCGCAAUACCCUCGGGCAUACCCCUGCGACGAGGCAGGCGCCGUCUCCUCACAUAUGGCGAGAAUGAAAUGACGCCCUCCGCAGAAGAGCGUCCGAAGCUUUUGAAGCGUCAUCUGGGAAGCACUGCGCUCUGCCUCCUGGUGGCGUGCCUGGUCCUGCUGGCCCUUCUCCUGUGCCUGGCGAUCGCCGCAUUGUGGCUUCGUGCCCGCUACCGUGCCAGGGAUAAGACCCUGUACGCCACACUGAGUGCUAGCGACCCCGACCUGCCAACGCCCGCGACCUCGUCAACGCGUGGCCGAUGGCAGCUUUCCGGCGAAGGGCCGCUUACGAAUGCCGCUGUAGGCACGGCUCGCUGGUCUCGCAAGGACACGAAGAACUCGACGUCUGCACCCGCAUUUCGGAGCACGAAGACCAAAAGAGCCUCUUGUCUGGGCAAGAGACAGGCCUCGCCCUUGCGAUCCUCGACAGACGGCGGUCAACCGUCAGCGAUGCUGACCGAGUCGAGCGAAGCCAAGGCGACGCCCUCCCCCGCCGUUACUAACGGCUCCGCGGAGGGGCGCAAGCUGCUUCGCGUGAAGUCGACGGAGACGCUGCUACCGCUUCGCUCGUACAGCGUUGUCCGCACGGACACCGCGGACCGGCAACGGGCCAGUGACCACCGCAGCGACCGCGACGAGUCUGGAAAGCAGAGGAGCAGAAGUGGUGGCAGCCGAAAGCGUCGCAAGCGCCGCGUCGAUCCCAGUGGACACUGCAACGCAGUCCUCGGGUCGCAUAAUGCAGACAGCGAUGGCGGCGCCUCUGUCCCUACGAGUGCCACGUCGACGUUCAAAGGGGUCGAUCUGAGCGAGGACUACCAUCAGUACUCCUACUCGGACGACGUCAGGCUCGCACCGGGCGCCAGUACCUUGCCUCUACCGACGAUCAUCCAGCGAUCGGUCACCAAGACCAUUCGGCGCUGGCGCACCAGAGGCAGCGCCGCAGUUUCUUCUCUGUGGACGAGCUCCUCUGCUGAGCCCUCGGUUGGAGCCGGACAAGAGGCGGUCGCGCUCCCCCUGCCGGCACGACGCGGCCGGCUGCAACAGCUAGGCUCAAAGACCAUCGCCGUCACCAAGCCCGAGGAACACCGCAUCUACACGAUGACUGACGCGACUCCGUGGACUCAGCUCCUGGCAUUGUGCACGGAACCCAAGCCGGUCGAAUUCCAACAGGUCAUCCAAAAUAACUCGAAGGCGGCGCUCGUGCGCUGUAACGACGGUGACGGCGACCUGUUCUGCCUUGGUGCCAGCCCAGCCGAGGAGCGGCUGGUGCGCGUGCUCCGACUGCGCCCACAGGACGUCCGCUGGCACACCGCCCGACUCAGGCUGGCACGCGAACUCUGCAGCCUCAAGGAUAACGCCCAGAACCGGACGUCGGCAUUCUUCCUGGAUGCCAGGACCAGCCUUGUCCGAGACAAAUAUCCGAAGUUGCUGUGGGACGCGCGCCAGCGCAACCGUGAAGGCCCAGCCGCAGGAGAUACAUCGCCGGAAGACCUGAAGCAGCCCGCGCACUACCUGGUGACCGAGAUCCAGUCUGGCUGGCGUCCGCUCACAUCUUGCGAGUUGCCCGGUCCGGCGCAAGCUGAGAGCGUGCUGGAGCAGGCAUGCUGGGCGCUAGCAGUUGCCGAGUCCGCGCUCGACUUCGAGCACCGGCUGCCAGUGGUCGGCGCCGUGCUGGUCCGUCCCACGCGUUCGCCCCGCGUCGAGUUCACGCUACGGGGCCGUCUCGAACGGAUAUCCAGCGCGGGGUUCAAGAUCCGCUUGCAGGGACUCCAGAUGGCCAGGAUGACCAUAGACGCAAGGCCGGAGUACACUGAACUGAGCCGCCACCGUGAGUUCGUCGUGGGCGAAGAAGAGAGUCGUGUGUGCGAAAGGAUGGCUUCCAGACUGAGCAACCAGGCCGCCCGGUUCAAGCCGCUGACCAACGUGCUUUGGCUUCAGCACUUGGCCGCCUGGCUAUCGCGACAGAGCGCCGAGACCGCUGCUGCGCUCGCGCCGUGGGUGCGCGUGCUCGCCGUCGCCACGUCGGCCCAGGACGCGGCCGAGGAAGCCGCCGACGUCACCGCCAAUGUCCCCGCCGGCCGUCGCCCGGUGCACCUCUUGCGCCGUCGCCGCAAGCAGCCCAAGAAGAACGCGCCGAGACCUGCCGACAAAUCGGGCGGAACCGACCAUCCCUCUGCCACCGGGUCGUCUCGGCAAAAGCCGUCCAGUGCUGCCGACGACGUUGCGUAGCGUUUAACAGGAAGUGUUCCCUGCACCAACCGGAGAGCCCCUUUUGCUGCAACGCCGCGGAGCCGCUUGCACUUGGUUCCUGUUGUGCUUGGACUCUCGACCCAAGAUGCACCUCCCUAAAUUGGCAGUAGUGUGCAUUUCACUCGUGGCGGUGUCAACACUGUCCGUGUCCCACAGCGCGAGCCAAACUUCUAGCUCGGGCCUUCGGUGGCGGAUAGCGCGCUUCCUGGCUUUUCGUCUUGUGUGCAAGUGAAAAUGUGAAUAAAUAAAUACUGCCAAAAGCACUGGCAGUACGGCUGGCGUC